UAGUUACUCCGAUGGCGAAGGUGGUAGGGUGUGCGCUGUGCUGCGGGCUGAUUUUUCUCUCCCGUGUCCUCCACCCUCCGGGAAGUUGGAGACGCGGCCGCUGCAGCCCAGCCUCGGCGUUUGCGAUGAGCGCAAAGUGCCUCCUCAUCUUGCUGUGCGCAACACUUUACGCUCCCCAUGACGCCACGGCAGCAAGUCUGCUUCCACCACAGGAUCAGAACAGCUCUGCUCCUGCAGCCCUGCAAAAUAAUGAGAGCGACUUCUAUUCCUAUAAUGGGUACCGUUGCAAGAAAUGCCAUCCAGGUAAUCGCAUUGUCACUCACUGCACAAUCCCAGAAACUGCCUCGCAGUGCCAACCCUGUGAUCGGGAUACAUAUUUCAAAUAUAUGAAUCAGUUGGACAAAUGUCUUCCCUGUAAGAUUUGCAGAGACUUGGAUGAAGUGGAGAUCCAGCCGUGUACCCAAACCAGUGACACAGAGUGUCGGUGUAAGAAUGGUACCUACUGCGUUCCCCGCUUGCCUUGUGAGACGUGCCAUAGAUGUACACCCAGUUGUCCGAAUGGGGAAAAGAUGGAGCAGCCCUGCACCCCUACAAAUAACAUAAAAUGCGUCCCUCUGCCAACCUCACCGACUCCUGCGACAGCUACAAAUGUGGGUGCCCUUCCUUGGAUUUUGUCCUGUUCUGUGGUGGCCGUAUUGGUGGUCUUGUGUGUGGUCAUCUACAAAUGCAAAGGCCGAUGGAGUUGCAGUCGUGGAGGCAACCAAACGGGGACCGCGGCACGCAUGUGGCGCGUGAAGACUGUCCAGUGCUUGCGGAGGAAUUGCAGUCAAAGGCAACAGGAAGAGCAUGACAACAUGUUGAAUGCACACGUUGAUCCGGGGUCCCAGCAGAGUCAUACCAGCUCCAGCAUGACUGAAACGCUACCUCUUCAAGUGCCUUCUCCGUCAGAAGAGGUAGUUGCUGCAGAAUCAAAGCGGAACCUGAUUCCUGCAAAUGGGAGGGAUCCAACUGCUGCACUGAGUCUUUCCCUUGAGAUCUUCGUGAAGGAGGUGCCCGUAAUGCAGUGGCGCAGGUACAUGCGGGCACUGGGCCUGACAUCAAAUGAGAUUCACACCGUGGCAAUGAGUGAAAGCCAUGUAAAUGAGCAGCAUUUCCAGAUGCUGCAGCUGUGGCUGGACAAGAACGGGAGGAAAGCCACCCUCGACGUGUUGCUGCAGGCACUGUGUGACAUCGAACACCGGGGAGUGGAGGAGCGCGUGAGACGGAUGCUCAUCGACCAGGGCCUGUAUGUCUGUGAAGAAGCGUGACUUCUCCUGCAUGGCUGCUUGUGAAAGCUACAGUGUUGGUCUGCUGUGGUGUUAUGUGGGGCAGACAGAGGGACAGGUAUGUGGAGGAAUGCUGGUUUAUUCUUAAACCCACAUACUGUUCGCUUUUAAACAAAUCCUGUGAGUCCCACUAAUUUUUUUUUUAAUGGAAAAUAACUUGAGGAGUCCAAAGACCACUGUGAUACCUCCUCGGUUAGAAAUGUGUACGACUUGCUACACCUUUCAGGACAUAAGGGGAAGAAGUGUCCUCUGGUGGCUUUUCCUAGUGCCUGGAUGUUGGCAGUCUCAGGGAUACCAGUUACUUCACUUGGUUUGCAAGCUACAUCAUACUAGCUAUAUCUAGAGCUGCUUUAAAAAAUGCCUUCCUCUUCUGAAGUAGCUGCUUGGUUAAAAAUCCUGCCAAACAGAGCCAUUUCAGUUGGUUGGUACUAGCAAAAAGAAGAUUCUUGAGGCUGCUAAAAUCUCUUCUGGCUGCAGCCCCUUUUUUUUCUUUUUAAUCUUUUUCUUUUUAAUCUUUUGUAUAAUAGUUUUGUAUCAUAGUUUGCCUUAUAUAAAAUGAUUCCCUGCAGCAGACUAUAAAGUUAUGGCCUAUGAACUGCUGCUGUAGAAGUGUGAAAAAUUAUUUGGACAGUAAGAACAAUCCUAUAGCUUGAAGUUGGACUGGGAUUUGCCUUUCUAUGAUCAGGUCUGUGCGUGGUUCUUUUUGGGGGGUGCAGAAUGCUAAUUUCUUUAGGAAAAUUGCUUAGAUUUGCAAAACUGCCUUAUUCUGCAUUGAAGUUUGCUAUUCGCAGAUAAGCUGCUGCCCGCUCAAUUGCAGAAUGUCAUCGAACAACUCCGAUUUCUGCUGAACAAGCCCGUUUCUGGUUCCUAUGGCUGUGUGGGUUAAAACUUCAUCUCACUUCUGUGUUGCAAUUAAAUGGAAGCUAAGCACUGAGGAAUAGUACUUUGCACUGAAAUACCUCCUGCCUGUUCUUCGCCAUCCUUAGGAACCACAGCCUGUCCUCAGCCCUUCUUAUACGCAAACUACCAUUCUUUUUAGAACAGACUGUACUUUAUGCACUUUGGAGGUACUCGGGAAUUUUCUUUUGAAAAACAGCUGUGAAGAAAUUGGACGGGUUUACCCAUACUUGACCUGUGGUUUGUCUGCCAAACAGUUGCACAAAGCGCAGGUUGUUGUGUUCAGUCGCUGACUGUUGCACAGGCCUUUGUAGCACUGUACUACUGACAUUUAGAGCAGCUGUGGUUUCGAUCUGUCACAUGUCCGCUACUGCUGCCUGGUGAAACAACCCAUGGAUCUGUGCGCAUACAGUGACAACCCAGAGUUAAAACCGUCCAGUGUUCACAUUCGAACAACAAACCACAUGCUCUCUUCCUGGGUUGUUUGUGGCUUAAAAACCCAUAAUCCUGGGUCACAUGUAACAACCCAAGAUUUAACAACCAUAUUCUGGGUCCCCAUAAUAUGGGGAGAGAAAG